AUGAAGAAGUUCUACGAGAUUCAGGUCGGCAAGAUUCGAGCGCAGCUGGCAUUGAGUGUGCAGGCGCAAAGGGAGUUGGAGAAGACGCUGCAAGAGGAACGCACGAGCUGGCAGGAGAAGACUGCUGAAUUGCAGAACAAACUUGCUGAUGAGCGGAGUCGGUUUGACAAGGAGCUCGCGCAAGUUCGAGCAGAUUUGCAGGACGCACAAGCGCGGCUUAAGAUGGAGAAAACACACUUUGCCACGCUCCAGAUAUCCGACGCCUUGGCGGAGCAGUAUCGACAGGAGAUGGAAAACCUGCGAAGAAGCAGCAGCGCGGACAAAGCUGCAGCCGCCGGUGCAGCGAACGAAGUCGCGCAGGUGCAGCGGAUCGCCGAGGCUAAAGAGAGACGACUACAGCACGAGCUCGAACUAUCCGAAGCAACCCGACAGGAGCUCGAGAACCAAAUCAAGACUCUUGUCAGCCAAGUUGAUGCGAUGAAGGAGGAGCAGCGACGCAAUGAGGAAAUUUUCAGUGACCAACGAGGGUUGCAGAGGGAAUCGGAGCGACUAAAGCGAGACUUGCAGGUUCUGCAACGCGAACGCGACGACCUCAAGUCCCGGUUUGAAGAGAUCUCGGCCAGCAGCAGUGAUCUUCAUCAGAAGAUUGGACUGCUGACAGCGGACAAGGCGUUUCUACAGAAUGCCAAGACGCAGCUCGAGGAGCAAGUCGCAAAGUUCCAGACGUCACAACACGAGAUGCAGGCAAAAUUGAGCUCGCUGCAGGUAAAGCACGACGGCAACCUCAGCCAGAAUGUGCAGCUACAGAACGAGACGCGACUGCACUUCGAGAAGAAGCUCGACGACGAAAUGACAAAGUUCAUGGAGCUGUCCAUGCGCGAGAUCGAGCGGAUCCGCAACGACGGGCAAGUCGUGUAUGAGCGAGAGAAUCGUUUGCUGAAAGAAGCGCGUGACGAUGCCCUGAAACACGUGGAAGUGCUACAAGCAAGACUGGACAGCGUUCAGUCUGCGCUUGACGAUAAGGUAAGUGCGUUUUAG